GUAAGGCUUUUUUUUGGGGGGACUCUCUCUCGUUGGGUCUUCUCCUAGCUGUGUGGCUUAGUGCAAAUGGACUACUACCUAGUCUUCUUGUGAUCUUCUCGCGCGCCGCCAACAUAGUCCCCUUGUUUAUUAUCGCACCCUUCACAACUAUCAAACAUAACAAAUCAACUAACCUAACUAACAAAGCUGGUUGAUUAAGGCCAAAGAAAGAAUCAUCAUCAUGGAGGAGUUGCGAGAUGACGACACACCACCCGGGGGCUACAUCAGCUCGAAGCGAGGCUCCGUGACAUUCGUCCCGAGAGAGCAACCAAAGCAUUCAGUCGCAACUUCUGCACCGAACCCAAAGGAUGGCCCGUCGACGGAGAACACUCUCCUAGUACCCAAGCAGGCACAUGAAGUGGCAUGUACUAGUCUUCGUGGUCAAGUAACAACAUCUUCUCACGGUCAUCACGGUCGUGGUCAUGAAGAUGAAGGAGCCUUUUCUACGAGCGGGUCUUCACGAUGUUUCGGCAAAACAACGACCCUACUGGAAUACCGCACUCCAGAUGAGCAGGUGUCGGAGUAUCCUUCAUCUAGCGGAGCACCUUGGGGGACGACCACCACCACGAUCGCUAGUGCUGCCUAUACAACAUCAUCUAUACGAUUGCGACAGGGCGCUCUUCCGGAGGAGCAAGAGCAAGAAGAGUAUCAGGCAACAUUAUCAGGAAACGCAACUAGUACUUGUGGUAGAAGUUAUUACAGCGAGCAGUUGUCUGCUGAAUAUGCAGAAUACGUGGCUCAAUAUCGAGCAUGGCAAGGACAUGCGGAGGUCCAGUAUGCGGAAGCGUAUCAAAAGGGCUUGGAAAAUCGGUUUGGGGAACACAGCGUCAUUGCCGCGAACCUGCCCAUCGGCACCACGGCAGGUUCGGUAGUUAAGGCAGCGCAGGGUACAUCCUCAAGAACAUCAUCCUUGGUUUCCUUGGAUCAUGCUACCAGGAAUGCCAACACCAGGAAUCAUCCUUGCCUUCCAUCAAAGGUUUCCAAGGAUGGAUGUGGUACCAGGGAUGCAAUGGCCUCAGGUAGCUAAGGUAGCGGACUUUUUCUACCAGCGAUGCGGAACCGUGGCCAGUGUCAACUUCGUCCCGCAGAUGCAGCACACGGUGGCAGUCGUCGAAUUCGAACAUGUGGAGGGAUGUAUGGUGAAAUCACAGCCGUUUCUUGGAACAGUAUUCAAGUACUUAGUCGGAAGCUUCUUAGCAAUAAGGUUAACAACGCUUAGAAAUUAUUUUGAAUGAGGGCAUAAUUGAGAUCAGAGAAUCGAUUUCAUACUGUCGUGCAGCCAGGUGUGCUAGAUCUUGGCAAGAUGUACGAAAGCGACAAGCCAUUGGAUAACAGCAUGGUCAUACUACAUGGAGCGAGCCUAUCAAGUGAUUGACUGCUUUCCUUGUUCUUUUAUCUAGUUAGAUAGAAUACUAAAACUACUCAUACAACCGGGGAACAACAUUGGAAUAUCAUUGAUCCAGUUAGGGCUCCACUGGAAUUACAAGGAUCAAAGAGGACGUCUUUUCUCAUACUAGUCGAAAAUGCGAUGGAGCGAGGCUAUCCAAAAGAUCUGAACGGUAAUGCAGUGCAAGUCCGCGGCUGCGCUGAAAUUCGCCAGGACCUGCAUGUGGCACUGAAUACUGGCGCUCUCCAGGCGUGAGGAGCAGUACUAGGUUGCUCGAGCAGUACGCGUCUAACCUCGUGGAGAGCAGCAACGACGUCCUACGGACGUCAUCUCUUCGAGUGGAUUAACCAGUUUAUGCAAGUCGUAGUGCUGUGUAAGUAUGGUUUCGGGCAGUAUGUUUCUCUCGAGCAGUACGGGUUUGAUCAAUAUCUACUAUGGGUUUUGCUACCCGUUUGACCAGUGUAGCUCGUUGCUGCAUGGAUUGCGCAGCAAAGGAGUUCAUCUUCUUCUAGGUUGUGAAUUUAGUGACGACGAAGAACAGCAAUCAUUUAGUAAGAAGAAGACCGGUUAUCCUGUAUAAUUUUUCUCUCCAAGAGUCCCUUCCAAUCAAAUGAAGUACCCAAGAGCGCUUAGCGUGAGCGUUAGUCACACGGAGUCAUAGAUAACUUUAUAUACGCAUGAGGUACGACGUUCCUAGCGAUCUUCAAUAUAUAUUAUGCACACCAGGCGGAGGAGGUUUUUGAUUUGAAUAAACCAGGAGAAGAAUUCGAGCCAGUAGUUACUGAUGUUAAGUAUUUUUUUUUGCAAAGUUGUCCAACCUGUGUUUGGAACGGAGUCGAAUGUGCGACCAUCAUAGAACUUCCGGUUACGGAAGAGAGCAAAGACAGAAGUAGUGCGACGUCUGGAGGUGCUGCUCCUUUCCUCCUAUUCUACAUUGACACUUUUUUGUUUACUUUUAUGUGCAUGACGGAAGUUUGUCAUGUAGUUGUUUCUGAAAUAGUGGAUAUGAAGCAAACUAACUACUGCUUCUAGUGUGCAAGCAAAGUUUUUUCGUCCAUUUACGAGUCGUAGCACCCUCAUACAACCCUGAUGCAAAGAAAAAAGUCCAACAUGAUUAACAAUUUUGCACCUCCUGUAAGACUGUAUAGCGUGGUCUCUCCCAGUGCUCAUCAUCGUCUACAGUGCUUCUGUCUACUCUACAGCCGAUUUCUUGAUGCUGCAGUAAAGAAGUUAUCCGCAUCAGCGAC